AAGGUUGCUUGCCAACCGCCAUUAAACCAAAGAAGAAGGAAAAAUAAGGGGGAACAAUAAUACUGACGGACCAACAUGGCGGCGAACUAUCAUACUAUAGGAAAAUACCACUUCUGUAUGAAUUGAUGUUAAAAUAAGGUGAUUUAAAUCUUUUACUCUUGCUAUUUUAUAUUUUUUGUAUGAAAUCCACGCUCAUUUGCGUGUAUGACCAUAGAGGAGUACAACAAAUGUUGGAAGCAAUGUGGGGAGAGAUCGAACCUCGCGUUAAAACACAACCGAACCCGUCUAAUGAAUCUAAUAAGGAUGACCGAAGUACAACACCCGAAACACCGGCAGUGGUAGAGCUACGUUUUCCCUCCAUAUUGCCUCAGGAGCCCCUGGAAGACACGCAGAAUGUUCCAGCUCAUGUCAGUGCUUUGUUGGAGGUUGUGGUUGUGAGUGGAAGCCAAGUGAAAAGUCAGCAGAUGGGGGAUGCUGAACUGACACCAGAGGAGCGUAAAAGGGAGCUGCUGCUUCAGUACAGAAGCAAGCCACUGGUAUUCCUGGAGAGAUAUCAUAGCUACCUAAAGCCUGAGCAUCUGCGAUCUUUUGCCCAUGUCAGCGCCGACCCACGGACUCAGCACUACGCGGAAGUGAUCCAUAGGCGAGCUGCAGGAAGCACAAACAUGACGCGAGUGAGAAACCAGCGCUAUGCUGCUCUCAGGGCCUUGCAGAAAGGUGGUCAAUAUUUCAGUGAAGAAGAGAUGCGAACCAGGGAACCACUACUGUAUGAACAGUAUAUUGGACAGUACCUAACCGAUGAAGAAGUGCUGGAGCGCUCCCAAGGGGCCAUGUUGGAUGGUGCACAUGGGGGACCUGAUGUACAAGGAGGAGUACCUGGAGGUCUCGCCCACCUGCUCCUCAACUCCUACCAAGAGCGUCUCACCCAGGGUCGACUGCAGGAGGAGCAGGAGAGAGAGGAUAACGCGGAGGAGGAGGACGAGGAAGAAGAAGAUGCCGGAGUCCAGGAGAAGACCUGGGAACCGACCAAUGAAGAGAAGGCUCUUCUACGGGAGGAGUUUAUCAGCCAGAUGCACCAACGCUUCCUUAAUGGAAAAGACAAGGAUUUCAACUACAGCGAAGUAGAUGAGAACCCAGAUUUCGACAACCUGGACAUCGUCAGCAGGGAUGCAGAGGAAAAGUACUUUGACGAAGAUGAUGAGGAAGAAGAUGAAGACGAAGAAAUUAUGACACAAUAGUGACUGCAGUUGUAAUUGGUGUUUU